AGAGUUGGGGGGAUGCUGAGCAGUCAGUCCUCUGCACCCAACACCUUAAGAGCCCUUCGGUCCGCCCCCGGGGCGGAGAGCUAGGCGGCUUCGCGGCGCGGGCUCCGUGGAGCGGCCCAUGUCCGGCGCGGGUGAAGCCCUCGCUCCCGGGCCCCAGCGCGGCGCCGAGGCGGGCUGCGGCCGGCUGGGCGCCCCAGCCCAGGAAAAAUGUGAUAAAGAAAAUACUGAGAGAACUGUAACUCAAGCGACCGAUAGCUGCUUCACACAUGGAGAGAUGCAAGACCAGUCCAUUUGGGAAAACCGUUCAGAUGACGAACUCAUCCGAACCCAACCCCAGCGCUUGCCUCAGCUUCCAACGUGCUCACAGGAACCAACUGAGGAAGAAACCAGCAAGAUAAAGAACGGCCACACAGGUCUGAGCAAUGGAAAUGGAAUUCACCAUGGGGCCAAACAUGUAUCUGCAGAGAAUCGAAGACUUUCAGCACCUGUUUCUCACAAAAUGCAUAGAAAAAUUCAGUCCAGCUUGUCUGUAAACAGCGAUAUCAGUAAGAAGAGUAAAGUAAAUGCUGUCUUCUCCCAAAAGACAGGCUCUUCACCUGAAGAUUGCUGUGUCCACUGUAUCCUGGCCUGCUUGUUCUGUGAAUUCCUCACCCUCUGCAAUAUUGUCCUGGGCCAGGCUUCCUGUGGCAUCUGCACCUCAGAAGCCUGCUGCUGUUGCUGUGGAGACGAGAUGGGGGACGACUGUAACUGCCCUUGUGACAUGGACUGUGGCAUCAUGGAUGCCUGUUGUGAAUCAUCGGACUGCUUGGAAAUCUGUAUGGAAUGCUGUGGAAUUUGUUUUCCUUCAUAGGUAUUUAUCUUCUGUUUGUGUUAAAACUGGAGGUUUUACAAUUUUUCUUUGAAGGGGGCAGAAAAUCACAUGGUGAGAGUCUCAUGAAGCAACCCAGUAUUUGCACUGUUAACUCAUUAUUUUAAGUAAUCUCUGAAAGCCUUUUCUCUCUAACCGAAUCUACAUGUUUUAAUAUGUGAAAUUUUAACUACUUCUAAACUAAAUAAGUUACAAUGACUGAGGGACAUUUUGACAAAAAAAAAAAAAAAUCUAAAUGUCUCCUUUUUAUGCAUGUUUCUGUUGCUUUUAACCAUUCUUAAGAGCCUCUUGCUCCAAGUGUAUUAUUUCCCUGUAUCUAAACCAGACAGUUUAUAUUUUUGAUGUUUAUCUGUUCAUGGUUCCAAGUAAGCAUUCCUUCUUUUAAAGUGAACGUUGGGAGACAAACCCACACCGUAGUUGGGCACCCAGUGUUCAGCGCUGUGCUGGGUUCUCACUUUCUCCCCUCGCUCGUCAGACACUAAGCCCCGGCUGCGUGUAACGGCCUCUCAGAUGCAAAGACGGAUGCCACUCAACUCCCAGCCAGAGGACUAUACAGUUUAGUAGAGGAAAGACACCUGUCAAGUACACACCAGUCCUCAAGGCAUACUGAAGUGUGGAUGAUGCGAGAGAGAGGCUAAAAAGGCUCUAGGAGUACAUAGAAGAGACUAGCUCUUGUCUACCGGCAUAGGCACACAGCUUCAAGGACAAGGGGGCAUUUGAGGAGGACUUUUAGGAUGAGUGAUCCAUCCAGGGCUUGGAUGAAUCAGAUAUAGUAAGACCAAGUUUUAGGUGGGGAGUCUGAACUGUGUGUGCCCUUAAGCCGUUAAAAGAAAAAUGCCUUAAGUAUGUAUUUUCUUUAGUUGCAGGAAUACAGCUUUUUGUUAAAGCCUAUAAAAUUUAAAUUAAUGAAAAAUAUGCAAUUUUUUACACAUCAUUUAAAUGUUAUGAUAAAGUUUUGAUAAGAAUAUAAUGCUUUAUUAAAAUAGCUCUAUUUUAUUAAGAAUGUGGAAUACAUUUGACAAAAUGCAUUUAAAUUAGGUAAUUUUUAAAAAAUAUUAAAAUCUCAGUAUUCUGAUUUUGAUUUUGAUCAAAAGUGGUGGUUUGGGUUUUUUUUGUUUUUGUUUUUGUUUUUGUUUUUGUUUUGCGAGGAGGGUUUGAGAGCUUUCAGUCUUUUGCAGGAGGGGGAGGUUGUUUUGCUUCGUACACAAUGUUUAUAAACAGGGCUUACCUUAAAUGUAAACCCUUCCUUCCAAUACAGUAGGAAACUGGACAUCUGCUACUGUGACCAGAUUUUAUUUAGUACUUCAGUUUUGUGUGAAAUGAAAACAACACUGCAGGUUAUCAAGAUGCAGCAGUGUAAAGAAAUAGUCUCAUAAUUGACUGAAGUAUAUAGUUAGUAAGACACACUUUGUGUAGCCCGGAUGAAGGUGGGGGUAAAUUUCCAUACUGUGUGCUCUCCUACUAAGUCUGAUCUUCCCAGAACUGUAGUUUGGUUUGAUUUAAUGUAAUUCCUUGUAGAAAUUCUGGAAGGAUACUUUUGGAUUAAUAGUUAUUUUUUAAUUCUUCCAGCUGAAAUUCAACUUGAUAGUGAAAACAAAUGCAUAGCAAGGCUAGCCUUUUAAGAAAGGUUUUAAACCUAAAGCGCAGGAAUGUCACCUCUGGUUUUUCCUUUGAGAUGAAAACCUAGCUUCUACUUCUGUCAUUACUUAAAGGACUUCAAGGAAACAAACAAACAAACAAACGAACUUCUGAAUCCCCUUUUCACUGCUAUAUGUGUAUACACACACAUACCCUUUAAGUUGUCAGGUUUAAGUAGAAUUAUAGAAAACCGCUAUCUUUCUCUUGUCUAAAGAGUGUUUUUGUUACAGUAAAUAUAAGAACAUCUUUGUACUAUUUCAUAGUAGCCAGAAUCUGAAUAUUUACGUAUACUCAGUUAUGCGUAUCUGUUAGGAUAGAGGAAUAUCAUCUGUGUAUUGACAUAUAAAUUAGCCUUUUAAUGACCUGGAAUUGUUAAGAUGUGUCACUUUUUAUCUUGCAAGAUUUUUCAACCAAGUGGUUUAUCUAAUAUUUAAAUAUAUUCUGCCACUAUUUGCAAGGAAAAUAUUAGCACUUUUGAAGGAAUGUUUCUCUGUAACAGAGAACAUUAAUUGAUAGCAGAAUUUUUUUUCAUAUUUAUAUUCACAGUACUUUUCCUCUAUUGUCUACUCUAGUCAUUCCAUAAAGUAUUUGUAUGGUUUUAAAAAAUGAGGAAAAAAAAACCAAAGUAGGAAAAUGUGAAAAUAGUUUCAGUAUAUGUUAGAAUUUCUGUAUUUAAAAUGUUUUGUUGAAUAUAUGGCCGUCAUGACUAAGUGCUAGAGUUUACAGUUACAGAUUUGGUCUCUUUUUAAAUGUGGAAACUAAACCUCUAAUAUUUUUAAACUGGACCUGUAUUAUCCUGAAUACAUUAUUUUGAAAUAAAAAAAAGUUCUCUCUUGUGCUUUA